AUGGGAGCUGCAUGCCUGGUUGGCCACCCUCGUAUUUUUUCUUGCUUUGUUUGUCCCAGUUUCCUGUCCUUUUUAGGAGCCAAAAUAAUAAAUGCAUUUUUAUUUCAUUUCAGUGGCCAAUUUGCUAUUGUACGGAAGUGUCGGGAACGUGCGACAGGAAUAGAAUAUGCAGCCAAGUUUAUUAAGAAGCGUCGUUUGUCAUCCAGCCGCAGAGGUGUGAGUCGGGAGGAGAUUGAGAGAGAGGUGGACAUCUUAAAAGAAAUUCAGCAUCCAAACAUCAUCACGCUGCAUGAUGUGUUUGAGAAUCGCACUGAUGUGAUUUUGAUAUUGGAGUUAGUAUCAGGAGGAGAACUCUUUGACUUCUUAGCACAAAAGGAAAGCUUGAGUGAAGAAGAAGCCACUAUGUUUUUAAAACAAAUCCUUGAUGGGGUCCACUACUUGCAUCACAAGAGCAUUGCCCAUUUUGACCUCAAGCCUGAAAACAUUAUGUUGCUGGACCAGAGCAGCCCAAACCCACGAAUUAAACUCAUAGAUUUUGGAAUUGCACACAAAAUCCAAGCGGGAAAUGAAUUCAAAAAUAUAUUUGGAACACCAGAAUUUGUUGCUCCUGAGAUAGUAAAUUAUGAACCUCUCGGUCUAGAGGCAGAUAUGUGGAGCAUUGGAGUUAUUACUUACAUCCUCCUGAGUGGAGCAUCUCCCUUCUUAGGAGAGACAAAGCAGGAAACGCUGACCAAUAUCUCUGGUGUUAAUUAUGAUUUUGAUGAGGAAUAUUUUAGCAAUACAAGUGAACUUGCAAAAGAUUUUAUCCGAAGAUUACUGGUCAAGGAUCCCAAGAAACGGAUGACAAUUGAUGAGAGCUUAGAACAUUCAUGGAUUAAGGCAAUAAGACGCAGGAACGUGCGCCAUGAAGAUAGUGGAAAACGCCCUGAGCGCCGGAGAUUGAAGACAACAAGACUGAAGGAGUACACAAUUAAAUCCCACUCAAGCAUGCCUCCUAAUAACACUUAUGUGAACUUUGAAAGAUUCAGUCAUGUGCUUGAGGAACUAGGGGCAGCCGAGGACGCAUUGCGGGAGCUGCAGAAAAGCCAAAAUACGUCCCGUGAGGAUCUUUGUGCCCUGCAUUCCAUUUAUGAGGAAAAAGAAAGCUGGUAUCGGGAACAACAGGAAGGUGUCACACAACAACUCAUGGGACUUCGGCAGGAGCUCCAGCGUGGUGAAGGGCAACGUUGCCAGGUUCAGGAAGAUAUAAGGAGUGCAAUGCUUGUUGUGAAUGGCUUGAAGAGAAGAAUGGGACGUCUAGAAAAUAAAUAUGAAGCAUUGGCUGCCCAAGUCAGUGCAGAGAUGAGCUUUGUUGAAGAGCUUUUAAAAACAAUGGAGAGGCCAGAAGAUGAAGGUGUUCGGGGCGUCUGCUAG